CUUUAAUUUAAAUAAUUUCUAACGCUAAUUUAAGAAAUAUAGAAGUAUAAAGUCCAGUUUUUGCAAAUAAUUCGUUAUUUAAGUUUCUUUUCGAUAUCAUUGAGUUUUAGAAAAAUUGAUUUUUAUAAUUGAAAACUACGUCAUUUAAGAAAAAUUCUUUACAUCUAAUUUGCAUUCUUGAAUUACCUUGCACAAAAGAGACAACACAAACUAGCAAGCUUUUUAAAAAAAAUAAAGCCAAUAUGUCUUAUUUACCAGAAAAGAAACAUAUUUUAGCAAGUGGUAUUUUUAAUCAAACUUUAAGGGAUUGGCAAGGUUUGAAUUGUGCUUUAACUGCAAAAAAUUUUAUGUAUCCUAUUUUCAUUAUAGACAAUGAAAAUGAAAUUCAACCAAUUAAAAGUAUGCCUGGAGUAUGUAGGUACGGUAUUAACAAACUUAAGAGUCAUUUGGAACCGUUAGUGAAGAACGGAUUAUCUUCAAUAUUAAUAUUUGGUGUUAGCGAAAAAUUACCAAAGGAUGAACUAGGAACACAUGCUGACUCAAACGAAAAUCCAGUUAUAUUAGCUUUACCAAAACUGAAAAAAUGGUUUCCUAAUUUAAUGAUCGCUUGUGAUCUAUGUUUAUGCCCCUACACAUCUCACGGCCAUUGCGGUAUUUUAAAUAAAGAUGGUACCAUUAAUAAUGCUAAAAGCUUAAAACGAUUAGCACAAAUUGCAUUAUCUUACGCUAAAGCAGGAGCAGAUAUUAUCGCACCCUCCGAUAUGAUGGAUGGCCGAAUCGGAGCUAUCAAACAAAUAUUAAUUGACAAUGAUUUUGGUAAUAAAGUUGCUGUGUUAUCCUAUGCAGCAAAAUUCGCAUCUUCAUUCUAUGGGCCAUUUAGGGAUGCAGCAAAGUCUGCACCCACGUUUGGAGAUCGCAAAUGUUAUCAAUUACCUCCAAAUAGUUCAGGUCUUGCACUUAGAGCUACAAAAAGGGAUGUUGAAGAGGGUGCUGAUAUGAUAAUGGUAAAACCUGGCUUACCUUACUUAGACAUUGUACAAACAACUAGAGCUCAUUUUCCCGAAUAUCCUUUAUUCAUUUAUCAAGUGUCCGGGGAAUAUGCAAUGAUCUAUUAUGCAGCUCAAGCAGGAGUUAUUGAUUUAAAAGUAGUUCUUUUAGAAGUUUUAACUUCAAUGAGGAGAGCAGGUGCUGACGUCAUAAUAACUUAUUUUACUCCACAAUUAUUGGAUUGGUUAGCAAAUAAAUCAAAGAUAUAAUAAUUUUAAUUAAUAAAAAUUUA